AUGAGCUCAUUAAACUACUCAUCCCCUGCUAAAGAAGUGGAUGUCUGCUGUCCGGAGAAAGACGCUCUGGCGCUGAACAUUGUCGUGAAAGACGAAGAGGAGGAUAUUACAGUGAAAGGAGAGAAAGAUGCUCUGGCGCUGAACAUUGUCGUGAAAGACGAAGAGGAGGAUAUUACAGUGAAAGGAGAGAAAGAACCUUUCAGAAUGAAAAAGGAGGAAGAGGAGGCUGUUAUAGGGAAAGAAGAGAAAACAUCCUCUUCCUCUCUAAAAGGUUCUAUCUCAGUGAAGGAGGAAGACGUUUUGGGAGUGAAAGAGGAGGAGACAGAAUAUCAGAUUAACACCAGAGAGAGACAUGACUAUCGUGGAUCCAUUGGGGGGCCUCAACAACAUCCUGAUGCUGACGAGACAGAGAAGAGUCUCUCCAGAUCAGAACACCAGAUGGACAACGCUAGCCCUUCCGCCCUCCAGGAGUCCCCGUGUCGUGCCUCUCCCGGUAGCACCUUACUGCUGGGUAUGAAGAGGUUGUCUGUGCUGCGGGUGGACUGCAGGAAAACAACAGGGCUGAGUGGAACUGUGAGAGGAGGAGAAGAGAAGAAAGGAUCAGAUUUGACUCAUCAAAGAGAGAGACAUGACUAUGGUGGAUCCUCUGGGGAGCUUCAACAACAUCCUGAUGCUGACGAGGCAGAGAAGAGUCUCUCCAGAUCAGAACACCAGAUGGACAACGCUAGCCCUUCCUCCCUCCCGGAGUCCCUGUAUCGUGCCUCUCCUGGUAGCACCUUACUGCUGGGUAUGAAGAGGUUGUCUGUGCUGCUGGUGGACUGCAGGAAAACAACGGGGCUGAGUGGAACUGUGAGAGGAGGAGAAGAGAAGAAAGGAUCAGAUUUGACACAUCAAAGAGAAAGACCAGACUCAGAGGAACCAGAGCCAGGGACGUCCAAACCAGCAAGACGACACCAGUGUUCCCAGUGUGGACAGUGUUUCAACCAGAAAGCACAACUGAAACAACAUGAGAGAAUACACACAGGAGAGAAGCCUUACCACUGCUCCCAAUGUGGAAAGUGUUUCGGCCGUUCGGGGGCGCUGAAACAACACGAGAAAAUACACACAGGAGAGAAGCCUUACCACUGCUCCCAAUGUGGAAAGUGUUUCAAGCAGAGAGGAAACCUGAAAAAACAUGAGAGAAUACACACAGGAGAGAAGCCUUACCACUGCUCCCAGUGUGGAAAGUGUUUCACCCAGUUGGGGAGGCUGAAAGAACAUGAGAGAAUACACACAGGAGAGAAGCCGUACCACUGCUCCCAAUGUGGAAAGUGUUUCACCCGGUCGAGGAUGCUGAAAGAACACUGAGAGAAUACACACAGGAGAGAAUCCUUACCACUGCUCCCAAUGUGGAAAGUGUUUCAACCAGAGAGGACACCUGAAAAAACAUGAGAGAAUACACACCGGAGAGAAGCCUUACCACUGCUCCCAAUGUGGAAAGUGUUUCGCCCGGUCAGGGAUGCUGAAACAACAUGAGAGAAUACACACAGGAGAGAAGCCUUACCACUGCUCCCAAUGUGGAAAGUGUUUCAACCAGAGAGGAAACCUGAAACAACAUGAGAGAAUACACACAGGAGAGAAGCCUUACCACUCCUCCCAGGGUGCAAACCAUUUGCCCAUUUAGGAAGCCUGAAAGAACACAUUAGACUGCACACAGAGGAGAAGGCUUAGAAAAAGCUCAGACUGUGGGAAAACAUAUUACUCAUAAGUCACUUAAACGUCAUUAGAGAAUCCACACAGGAGAGAGAAAUUACUUCUCUUAGCGUGUAUGUUGAUAUUUCACAUCACAUUGACUUAAAAUUCAUCAGAGAACAUACACAGUGCUCCCGUUGUCUUAUAUUGUUGACUGACAAUGUGUUUUACUGUCUUUACCAUAUGAAAUUAAAUGGUACAGGGUAUACUCAAACAUAUAUUUGUUUGUUUUUAUUAGAAAACAUGAAUUGAAUAUAAAGAAGAUCAGGUUCCUUCUUUUAAACUGUCCUUUUUUAAACUCUUUGUGUGUGUUUAUCUGGGUGUGUCAUUCCUCCAACACUACAGAUAAUCAAGUGAUAUUUGGAUGUGAUGUAUUUGUUCCAUUGUUGACAUUUGCAUUGUUGGCCCACUGAUGAUUUAAUUAAAUGAAAAUGUUCAGACUCUGUAAUGGAAAAUGUUAAUUGUUUGUGUGUCCACAUAACUGAGUAUGUGACUAACCUUAUGAAACUGUCCUAUUAUAAGCUCCUGUUCUUGGGAGUAUCAUCCUGUGUUGCAAACCAAUUUGCACCUGUGUCCUUGUAUGAAUAAAGUCCCGCCCUGGAACAGGAAACUAUAAGGAUAUGUGCUCAUCACUCAAUGCUUCAGGAAUUCAGACUGUCUACACUGCACUAUGUAACUCUGUUAUUCUCUCUGAGCUCAGAAAUAAAGAAUCUUGGUUUGA